CUCAUCUCCUUCCCCGACAUUCCCAUCCUCUCCCCAGCUCAAUGGCAAAACAGACAGCGAGGACCCAAUGGGUGACAUGACCUAUAAGAAUAGGAACUCGAACUCGCUCGUUCCUCCUCUCCUUCGCCGACCAUCACCUCCAUACACCCACGCGAUGCAAACAUGUCCCGCCCUAAAGAUAUCAUGGCCAACACCCACAGUCAGUACAGCAGCAGGAACAGUAACACCAUGAACAUCAGCAAUCCACGGAACCAUCCCCAACUGGCCAUCAACGGCGAUGCCGAGCUCAAUUGGCGCUACCUCCCAACCGCAGACACAUAUAGCUCCGAGUACUCCGCUGCCUCCGAGGCUGAUGAAGGCGACGACGACGAACCCGUCCAGGCCGUGGUAGCAGCUGCACUCUCAGCCAGCCAUCAACAGCAACAGCAGCGAUUGGAGCAGCGUGGAGUAGGUACCCGCCCCCUUCUGGCACCUGCAUCUUCCACUUCUUCGGUCCAAAAGGCUACAACAUCUUCACCUGUUGCGUCAGGCCUAUUUGCCACGUCCCCGGGAGCAGCUCACGAGGCUGAUGACAGCACCGAUACGAUCAAGAGCAUGAGGGCGCGUGCAUUGGACAAAAUUAACGGCAGGAAAGGACCCUCGUCCAACAUGAGCACUAACUAUAACAGUAGCAACACAAGCAUCAACAACAACAGCAGUAAUAAUAUUGGGGCAAGUAGCACAAGGAGAGCCCUAUCCACAACCUCCGCCAGCCAAGGAUUGUCAUCCUCGCCCAGUCGAGUCUCCGCAGGUCAGAGUGAGAGAUUUGCACCGCGGGAACUACCACCGAUCAGCAACAGCAACAGCAACACAGCAGUCAAGGUCAAGAGGAGAUCCUUUGGCCAAUCCGGAACAGACCGUUCAUCAGUCCCCAAAAUUAGCACCAGAGCGUCGCAGCCAGAGCGCAACCAUACUACGGCCGCCUCUCAACCAACCAACAUCCGAAAGCGCAACUCAGGCUCCUUUAAGAGCCAGCAGAUCCCAUUGACAUCGGAGGAUGAGCAGGAUGCAGCCUCACGAAAGGACAGAGCCCAAUGUGCGACCGAGGAUGGUGGCGUACUGGUGAGCGAGCUCAAGGCCUUGAAAGCCCGUGUCCAGGAACUGGAAAUGGAGCGCAUCGACCGCUCGCUCUCGGGUCUUCACGUUCAGGAUCCUCAAGCUCCAACCCAGCGACAUCUGGGAAAAACCGUCCUUCAGGACCAAUCCUCAUCAAGCCAAUCCGACAAACUGAAGCAAAUCACCCAGAAGCAGCGUGGGUCAGGAAUAUCCUCUGAUACAUCCAGCAACCUUUUGAGGUCUCCUAUGGUUUCUUCAUCCUCGAUAUCAAGGAAGCAGACCAGGAAUCUGCUCUCUGCAACACCAUCUAACGGAAAUGGACGCUUGGAAUCUUCGACCAAAGUCGAUAGCCCUACGCGGACAGCACAGCAACCCACGACACAGCAUGUAGCACUACUCCAGGAGGCGUUCAAGACCUUUGAAAAAGCCAUGUCAAGUACGAGAAGCACGCAUGCCAAUCAGGCCGCUCAAGCGAUGGGCAAGGUCGUUGCAAACGCCGUCAGCAUGAACCAGACCAUUCGCACCUGGAUCAAAGCGGACGUGUCGCCUGUUGAAUCAUCUUCCAUGACCUCUCUGCAGCGCGCAUGCGAUGAGCAAAUCCGAAGCUUGACAGAGUCCUUGCUAGCUAUGGCAAGCAUGCAAUCUGAGGCCGAUCGGUCUCUUACACUCUCUGACAAUACAGCAGGCGGCAUGGCUAUGGAUAGGCCGUACUCUCCCAGGCUAUCUACGGGUUUGCAGGUGUUUGGCCAUGGACAGCGCAUGUCAUUGGGAAUGGUUGGGACUGAGCUGGGAGCACAUGGAGGAUUCGACCAAAACGCUCCAUAUCCAACACGACCCCUGUCAGCUGUGGUACUCCACAAUUAUGACUCUGCCGGCUCUAUAACUCCGAAUGCCAUGUCUUCUUCGGGCUAUUGGACUAGGAAUAGCUCAAUUUCCUCUAGCAUACCUACGGAGGCUCGCAUGAGAGCAAGUCUGAGCCAGGGCUAUAGCUCUGAUUUUAGUCAAGAUCAACGGUCUUCUUACAACGCUGUAGGUCCUUCGAAAUAUCCACAUCAAGGAGGGAUCUCGAGUCGGGAAUCGUCGCCGCCGCAGGAGAACACUCAAGGCGUAGGUCAACGGCGUCAGGUCUACGCGCCCGCAUUGCAGGACACUCAGCUCACAGUGGAGUCGCCGCGCGCCCUGCAUGCGGCUCCGUAUCAGCUCAUCCAAUCGCCAGGCCCUGAAUACUCUACGACAGAUGCUUCUGCUCAGUUGAUGAGACGACAAGCCAGCGUGCGCAAUAUCAUGGCACGGUACUCCCAAAUGAGUCCCCGAUCUCCUACGUUCGGUCAGGCAAACCUAGAAUUGGAAACGAACAUGGGUCAAUCACCUUUCGAGAACGGCAUGGAGCUGCAGUCCCAGUAUGAGGAUCAGUCACAGGGACUGGGGUAUAGCGUAAGACAGCAUCAGUUUCUCGACCGCCAGUACCAGUCUAUACAGGAUGCCCAGGACGACGUAAUGUCGGCGUCGGUCGAGUUCUCAUCAGCCGGUCAUCCACGGGCUGUCCAUGGCAGUCGCCGACCCUUGUCUCAGCAGGAACAGCACAGUUUCUCAGGGCUGAGGAUACCUUCGUCGCCCCUCCGGCAAGGAGGUAUUAUCCAGCGAUCCGGUCGAUACGUUCAUGACAAGGUCUUCUCGGAGGAUGAGAGUAUUGGUGGUUGGGGAAGUGCCAGUCUUGAUCAGCUUCCGCAAAGAACCAGGAAUGGAACUUAUGCAGUACGAUUACAACAACUGCGAGGCCGUCAGGAUCAGCUUCAACCGUUGCAUCAGCAGCUGGAGCAAUUCUCACAGGGUGGACAACAGGAACAGUACCUGGACCAUAUCCAGCAGCAGCAUCAGCAGCAGCAACGUCAUGGAGAGUAUUCUGAUGGAACUGAGAGCGAGGCAUUCAGUGAGAGUCAAAUCCCACUGUUUGCACAGCGGCGGCCACAGUUUGGGGCUCAGCGACAGCAGCAACAAUCAAUGUACCAGGAGCACCACGGACAUGCCAAGCACGGCCAGCGACAGUCCGCCCAGCACCACCAGGACAUGAUGAUGACCACACCCGUGAUACCGUCGCCCAACUCGUCGCCCUCGUCUUCUUCGCGAGUAGAUGGUCAAUCUCUAGCUUCGAGCAAUAGCCAUCAUGGCGGACUAUCGAAUGCAGAGAGCCGAUAUCAUCUAUCACCACGAGGGCCUGCGGAUGCUUCAACGUUCCCACGCCAGCAGAGCAUUAGCAGUAUCUCUGGACUCAGUGACGAUCACUACCAGUCCACGCUACAGCAGCAGCAGAAGCGAGCCAUGUCCUUGGCCAGCCAGCGCAGUGCCCUUCUCCAUCAGCAGCAGUCUUCACAAAUGGACGGAAUGUCACCUCAAGCGCAAGCGCGUCUUCAAAAGAUCAUGAGCGAUAGUUGAAUGAUUGACUGACAUUUUGAUAGUAACAUGCGCCGGUAGUCUUUUUUUUUGUUCUAUUACUCAUCAUGUUCCAUAGUUUUGUUGUACUUGUAUUAUUCCUCCCAUUAUCGCCAUUCAUUUUUGAAUUACUUUACAUCAUAAAUACAGGACUUUAUUGUCCUUAAUGUGCAA